AUGAAUCAAUUAUGUUGUGCUUUGAAUGGUACUGAGUUCAAUCGAGUUUCUUCAUGUACAAGUGCUAAAGAAAUAUGGGACAAGUUGGUUGUGACAUACGAAGGAACAAGUCAAGUAAAGGAAACAAAGAUCAACAUCCUCAUGCAUCAAUAUGAAAUGUUCAAGAUGAAAAAGGAUGAGAAUAUAAAUGAAAUGUUUACUCGUUUUACUUUGAUUACUAAUAGUUUGAAUUCUCUUGGAAAAACUUUUACUAAUGCAGAAAAAGUCCAGAAGGUCUUAAGGUGUCUUCCAAGAUCCAAAUGGGGUCCAAAAGUCACCGCCAUAGAGGAAGCUCAAGACUUGAGAGUUCUAUCGCUUGACGAUCUCCUUGGAAAACUCACAACACAUGAACUUACCCUACAUGAUGAUGGAGAUAAUGAUGUAAUACCUUCCAUGAAAAAUCUUGCAUUAAAGGCAAAGAAACAUCAUGAAUCCUCAAGUGAUAGUGAAGAUAGCGAUGAUGAGGAAGAUCCAUUUGCGUUAAUUACAAAAGGUCUUGAAGGAAUUAUGAAGAUGCGAAAACGAUUUAAGAAAUUUAAAUCCAGAAAUAAAGGUAAGUCUUCUAAUUCUAAUUCAAAUUUUAAGACUAACAAACUUGCUUGUUUUGAAUGUGGUUCUACAGAACAUAUCGUAAAGGACUGUCCUAAGAAGAAAAGGCAAUCCUACAAAAAGAACAAAAACAAACAAGCGAUGGUUGCAACUUGGAGUGAUUCCGAAGUAUCAUCCGAAUCUGAAAAUGAAGAUGGACAAGCUCAUGUAUGUCUUAUGGCUGAUAAUGAUGACAAUGAUGAUUUAGAUCAAAAUCACAAAGAGGUACGUGAAUAUCUUAACACAUGCACAAAAGAUGAAUUGGUUAUAACACUCCUAAAUAUGUUUCAAAUUGAGAAAAUUUUAAAAGAUGAGAAAAACACUUUGGAAGAUCGAAUACGUCAUUAUGCUGAAGGUUGUGAAGAAAUUAUAAAUAAAAAUAAUUCGCUAAAGGCUGAAAAAUCAAAUCUUGAAAAGACUGUCAAGGUCUUGAAAGAACAGAAUCUCAGUCAGACUAAACAGCUUAUUGAUCUUAAAAAUGAGAACAAUGAUCUUGAAGCCAGGAUCAAAACCUUGAAACUGGAAUCUGAGAAAAAUCUACAAGCAUUAAACAAGCUUAAUGAGUCUGAAUCUAAACUCACUAAAAUGCUUACACAACAAAAAUCAACUAGUGAUAAACGUGGUAUUGGUUAUAAUCAUGUUACACAUAACUAUAAGAGUAAAACCACAUUUGUAAAAGGUGCAAAUAAACAUAAACGUACUCCUACUUGCACAUUUUGUUGCAAAAAAGGACAUAUAAGAUUUGCAUGUCCUUACAGACGUAAAGACGAUUAUAUUAUCAAGAAUUCCUUUCCUUUUGAAUUACGUGAACAGAUAAAGCAAAUAUGGGUUCCUAAAGGAACAAGACCACCCAACAUGGUCUAUCCCGAAUAUGGUUCCAAAUUUGUCACUUGGAUAGCCAAGUAAGGUUGAGAAAGGUUAUUUUCUUUUGUUUUGUAGGAUAAACAAAAAUGGAUUCUAGAUAGUGGAUGCUCGAGGCAUAUGAGUGGUAAAAUAUCUUUAUUUUCUGAAAUUAAAGAAAAAUGCAAUGGCUCAAUCACCUUAGGAGAUAAAGGUAAUGAAGUAAUUUUUGACAAAGAAAAAUGUGUUGUUAAAAAUCCUAAUACUGGAGAUACUCUCAUUACUGCUCUUAGAAAUGAUAAUGUUUAUGCUUUACAUACUAACGAAAUUGCAGUGCAAAAUUUCAAGUGUUUGAAAGCUAUUACAGAUAAUCCAAAACUUUGGCAUAGACGUCUUGGCCAUAUCAAUACUCACACCAUGCAGAAGUUGAUAAGUAAAGAUUUAGUUAAGGGACUUCCAGCUCUUGACUAUAAACAAUGUCCUAUUUGUGACGCAUGCAUUAAAGGUAAACAAGU